AUGCGCUUCUUCUCCAUUACAACAGCACGACCUGCGAUCAACAAGAUCUUCCCAUCCGCACAAGAAGCCAUCAAGGAUAUGAAGUCCGAGUCUACAUUGCUGGUCGGCGGUUUCGGUUUCUCUGGCGUACCAAACACAUUGAUCAACGAGCUACGCGAUCGAUCAGACGUCCAGAACCUGAGAGUCGUCAGCAACAACGCCGGUAUGCCCGGUGUUGGUCUCGGUCAGCUCUUGAAAACAAGGCAGAUUGGCACUAUGGUCGCAAGUUACAUUGGUGACAACAAGGUCUUCGAGCAGAUGUACCUGAAGGGUGAGCUCAGCCUCGAGCUGACACCUCAGGGUACCAUUGCUGAAAAAUGCGCUGCUGGUGCUGCUGGUGUUCCAGCUUUCUACACACCGGCAGCGUAUGGCACAAUUGUCCAAACCGGUGAGCUUCCUGUCCGCUACAACGCCGACGGUACCAUCGCGAAGAUGGCUCCUCCCAAAGAAACCCGCGAAUUCAACGGCAAGCCUUACAUCCUCGAAGAAGCCAUCUUCGGUGACUACGCCUUCGUCAAGGUCGCCAAAGCCGAUCGCCUCGGGAACUGCCAGUUCCGCAAGGCACAAAACAACUUCAACGAAGCCAUGGGCAAGAACGCAAAGAUCACCAUUGUUGAGGCAGAUGAGAUCGUCGAGGACGGACAGAUCGCCCCUGAGGAUAUUCACCUCCAGGGUAUCUACGUCAAGAGGGUCAUCAAGAGCACCGAGGGCAAGCAGAUCGAGCGCACAGUCUUCUACAAGAGCCCCGAGGAGCAGAAGAAGGCUAUCUCUGAGGGCAGCUCUGAGGCCAGCCAGAAGCGAGAGCGCAUCAUCAAGCGCGCUGCGCAGGAGUUGAAGGAUGGCAUGUACGUCAACCUUGGUAUUGGUAUGCCGCUUGCUGCACCUGCUUUCCUCCCCAAGGGCACUGAGAUCAUCCUCGAGUCCGAGAAUGGUAUCUUGGGUAUGGGCCGCUACCCCAAGCCCGGUGAGGAGGAUCCGGAUCUGAUCAAUGCUGGCAAGGAGACUGUUACGCUGAACAGCGGUGCAUCGGUCUUCGGUAGCCACGAGAGUUUUGGUAUGAUCAGGUCUGGGAGGAUCGAUGUAGCUAUGUUGGGUGCUAUGCAGGUCAACCAGUUCGGGGAUCUCGCAAACUUCAUGCUCCCCGGUAAAGUCAAAGGCAUCGGCGGCGCCAUGGACCUCGUGGCGAACCCUACACAAACCAAGGUCAUCGUCACAAUGGAGCACGUUGACAAGAAGGGAAACCCAAAGAUUCUCAACCAGUGCACAUUCCCUCUUACAGGGCCCAAGUGCGUGUCAACUAUCAUUACAGAUCUUGCUGUCUUCGAUGUCGACCAUGUUGAGGGUUUGACAUUGCGGGAGCAUGCCAGGGGCGUCACAGUUGAUGAGAUCAAGGCAAAGACUGAGGCGCCGUUCAAGGUUGCUGAGGACCUCAAGGAGAUGAACAUCUAG